GAGGUUCGAGAUAUCGACGUAUGAUAUCUGAGACACCGUUCGAUCAAAAUCAUAUGAUUAUUAAGGGUGUAGUACAUCAAAAGAAUAGUGGUAAUAAUUAUUCUUCCUAGGUUAUUCUAUACGAAGCGAAUAAGUGAGAAUUUCAGCAUCGAAAAUGAAGAUCUGCGGACCUAAGUAUGCCCUAUGUGGUUUAGUAUUAUCUGUUUGGGGCGUAUUUCAAUUACUCCUAAUGGGAAUAUUUUUCUACACAAAAAGUGUAGCUUUAAUAGAAGAUAUACCAUUCACAGAGGAGUUUGAAGAUGCUACAAGUUUUUAUGCUGCAGCUGACAGAGGUUACAAACAGAAUGCAUAUAACUGUUGGAUUGCAGCUUGUAUUUAUGUCCUUACAUUUUUAUUUUCCGGACAUCAAUUUUAUAUAAAUUCACGAUCAUCUUUAAGCGUAUAAAGAAUUGCUUACAUAUACUGUAAUUGGUAAAAGAAAAUUAUAUAAAUGUA